UUAGCGACGUCGCUUGCUUUCACAUAUAUGAUAAAUUUGAAAAGAAAAUGAGUUCGAACAAGGAAGAAGAUAUAGCUCUUGUACAGACUUGUGGAAUUUGUGAAGUAAUCGUUGAUAAAGAAAAUAUUCCGACUCAUGGUUGUGUGGAAGGAUACACCCGACUGUUUGUUGAUAAAAAUUUGUACUUCUAUCCUGUAACAGAUGAUAAUAGCAUUAUUCGACGAAGCCUUAUUAACAACAAAGAAGUCGUCUUGCCGGUUCGUGAAAAUAUUCGAGAUUUUAGGAACUAUAAUACUUUCUGAAGUAAACAAAGAAACAUCACAGGGGACAAAUAAAAGGUCUAUCAAUAAAAGUGAUAAUCGAA